AACAUGGCGUCGUAGGGAUGCUGUAUUGUUGUUUUACAUGUACCUAGCUAUGUGACAAGUGGAUUCCUCUCGAUUUAUUACAACUAAAAAACGAACUACACCAAAUUGUCAGUCUCGAUUCUGCGGGUAUGAGAGGUCUAGGAAGACUAUGCUGAGAUCCACCGGUUUCUUCCGUGGAAUUGACUGCCCGUUUUACACGGAUAGCUGCAAUGGGAAAAGCGGCACAUAUGGGUGCAACAGACCAUACUGCCACUUCAGACACAGCAAACAUAGACGUGCGUCUUAUGGCUCAAAUGACACUAGAACAUCAAAAGAACUUUACUCCAAACAAAAGGAGCAAGGUGGCUAUGACCCAUUCAACCCAGAGGUAGUAAGACCAGAGGAGCAACAGAAUGGGGAGCCUGCUGCUGCAACAGUGGACAUGGGUGCCCUCGAGCUUGAGUUGGUCAAUCGUGCCAUCGAGGCGGUACGCAGUGAGGUGGAGCGGGAAAAGAAGAAGCUCUCACAAAUCGGGGACCUGGAAUAUGACCCUUCUGCCAGUUCUCCUAAAGUGUUGCUGAAACCACUCUCACAAACUGGAGACCAGAAAUAUGACCCUACUGCCAGUUCCCCCAAGCUGGUGCCAAAACCACCAUCACGAUCUGGGGACCAGGAAUAUGAUCCUACUGCCAGUUCCCACAAAGUGAUGGCUAACUGGCCAAAACCACAGGCCGUGGCAUCCCACUUGGCGUAUGACCCAGGCAGUUAUCAGAUGACUACAACAGCUGAUUAUAAUCCCACCCCUCGCUCCAGUAAGUACACCUUGGACUCUGACAGCAAGGACAACCAUGCCAGCUCCAUGGAAUAUGUGCCCACCUCGGUUACCAAAACAGCUCUGAAAAAGCCUGCUCCUCGAACACGAUCUCCUCAUCUACCCUCUCCCUCUACUAGUCCUAAGUACUCCAAUAAUGCGGCCUUCUCCAAGAACAAGUACACAGUGGAUAAUUCUAAACCAUCCACAGACAUGGAAUAUGACCCUCUCUCCAACUAUUCAGCUAAAAUUGCUGUCAAGGAUAAGAAAGACCAGAGGACAGGUGCUUCUAAGGGAGAAGUGAAAAAAAGACCUCACCUGUCAGGGACAGGAAAGCUGUCAACGGAUGAGGAAUAUGUGCCAACUACUAAAAAGCCUCGACAGGUGAUACCAGACCCACUGAAGUACACUGCCAGUUUCUCUGAGUCUGAUGAGGAGAGCUCUGGGACAGAGUAUCGACCCACCUCUCUCAGCCGUCUGCAGAGGAGGAAGAGUAGCAGUGGGUCAGUGGAGGAAGCCUCUGGUCCAGGGAAAGGAGAGAGGACUGAAAGAGCUCUAGGUGGGCUGAAACAACAGAGGAGUCUGGAGGCUAAAGAGCAGGAAGACUCGGAGAACCAGGAAGUAGCAAGGCAAAAAGACAAACCAGAAACUGAAAAGGUGCCAGGUAAAACCAGCCACAUGAAGAGCAUCAAAGUAGAGAAGGUGCAUAAAUCUGAAAAGGAGUCCAGUAAAAAGAGUGGUAGUAGUAAAGAAAAAGGAGCAGGGGACAGUAAGAAAAUAAGUGAUUCAAAGACAUCAAGCCACGAAACUGCAAAGAAGGACAGCAAGAAUCAGGGAAAGAAAGAAGAGGAGAAAACCAAGAUAAAGGAUAAAUCCAUAGACAAAGGCAAGGAGGGACAGGAAGAAAAGAGAAGUGAUGGAAAGAGUAAGCUAAGGACAGACAAAGUAAAAGGGGCGUCAAGCAAGAGUGAGAGAGAAAAGGGGGGUGGGGAUAGUAAAAAACUGAAGACUUCAGACAAGGAAAAGGACUCUUCAAAGUUUAAAGAACACAAGAAUGGUAAACAUGACAGCAGUGGAAGAGAAAGGGGCUCCAAUAAAGUUAGCAAAGGGAGUUCUAACAGCAGUAAAGACAAGGUGAAGAAAAACAGCAGAAGCUUCUUGGAUGGCAAAACAGGAAAGGUGAAACAAAGAUCUCUGAGUCACGUGGAUCUGUUUGGGGAUGAGAGUGCAGAGGAGAAACGCGAGGAGGAUGACGACGAGGAGAAAAUUGUGAGGAAGUCAGCUGCUGCUUUCAAGAGGGGGCAUUUGAAUAAGAGGAAUGCCUCAGAGCUCACCCCCUCAUCCUCAGAGGAUGAUGACGUUGGUCCAGAGGAUGACAGAGGCUAUGAUGACAUGGAUGGUGGUGGGGUGGACUACUCCGGUCUACAGAUGGACAUGGACUUUGACCUGGAUGAAGACCCAAUGGAGGAGUGCUUACGGAUCUUCAAUGAAUCCAAGGAUGUGAAGACCGAGGACAAGGGAAGGCAAGCCAAGCCCUCUAAAGAUUCUGAUGAUGAGGAUGCCACAGACAGCAAUCAAACUACUCUCUUUCCUGGGCAGAAGAAGAGGGUUUCACAUUUCUCCGCCAAAGGAAGUACUGAGGCAACACCAAAGCCUCCGCCGUACAGGAGACUGACUGCCCAGGAGAUCUGUUACCAGCGCAUGCAGAUUGCCCAGCAGCAGGCCUCUCAGCUUGCAGCAGCCGUGAAGACUGCCUCUACACCCAGACCCAGGCCAAGCCUCAGCCCCUUCCCUGGGGAGAGGAAGAGAGUAGCCCACCGCCCCACCCCGUUACCAUCCUCCUCCAAGUCUGGUCUUGUCGAGGCAAAGCUAGCAGGCAGCAGAGUGUUGUCGCCCACCAGGACUCUCCCAGGUGGUGUCUCUGUGAAGGCCCAGACAUCAGCCGGCAUCUUGUCAAAGACCACCACCACUAUUGCACAGAAGAGGGUGGCACACACUCCCACAAUGAAGAGCUCUGCAAUGAAGCGCCCAGUGAUUCCCACUGAGUUUGGAGCCAAAGUGCCCACCAACGUCCGCCAGCGAUACCUCAACAACUUUAUAGAUGAGUGUAUGAAGUUUUGCCCCUCUGAAGACUUGGCCUUCCAAAUGGCCCUGGAGGAGGAGAAGGUGGUGUAUGACCGGAGCAGCAGUAAGAACAUCUACCUCAACGUGGCAGUCAACACACUGAAGAAGCUACGCAGCAAGAGCAGCUCCCCCACCUCACCCGUUGCCAGGAGCCCUGCAGUGGUGGGGAACAGGAAGGCCCAGUCCCAUGAGGAAGUGCUGGGGGGACGCCUCGCUGCCAAGACCAGCUUCACCAUCAACAGGACUGGCAAGCAACAGGAGGAGAAACUCAGUGGUGUCAGGCUGUACAGGAAGCUGAGGGACUAUCUGAUGACGGAGGAGCAGCUGCAGGAGCAUGGAUACCCCAGGCCACACCCUGAGCGCUCAGGUCGAGCCGUGGUCCACAACGUCCCGGAAAAGAAGAAUGUUGACCCUUUUGCCAAGGUGUGCUGUCGAUGUGGGGCCGAGUAUAAGAUCAACGCCAACGGCAACUGUGUUCGCAAGGAGGAGUGUAAUCAUCACUGGGGCCGUCUGCGCAGACAUAAAGAGAUGUUUCGAGCAAACAGACUUUUUGCGGAUAAAAGGCUGUGCGUGACGACGUAGUGCACAUAAAAAUACACUAUAUAUACAAAAGUAAGUGGACUCCCCUUCAAAUGAGUGGAUUUGACUAUUUCAGCCACACCCGUUGCUGACAGGUGUGCACAAAGCGAGGUCAAUACAGAAAUGGUUUGUCGAUCGUUGUGGAAGAACUUGACUGGCCUGCACAGAGACAUGGGAUGAAUUGGAACACCGACUGUGAGCCAGGCCUAAUCACCCAACAUCAGUGCCUGACCUCACUAAUGCUCUUGUGGCUGAAUGGAAGAAAGUUCCCACAGCAAUGUUCCAACAUCUAGUGGAAAACAGCAGAGGGGGGACCAACUCCAUAUUAAUGCCCAUGAUUUUAGAAUGAGAUGUUCGACGAGCACUUGUCCACAUACUUUUGGUAAUGUAGUGUAACUUUUCCCGUUAAAUUCCCAUAUACCAAAUGAAAGUUAAAUGGGUUUUCAUCGCAUUUUCAACUUUACUGAUGGUCUUGUCAAAAAAUAAACUUGUUGCAUUAUAUAGCAAAUGUACCCACUCAGAUAGUGCGGGUAGACUACCUACAUUAUGAGAUUAUUAUGGAUGAGAGAGAUAUUUUAUUUUAUUUUACCUUUAUUUUACUAGGCAAGUCAGUUAAGAACAAAUUCUUAUUUUCAAUGACGGCCUAGGAACAGUGGGUUAACUGCCUGUUCAGGGGCAGAACGACAGAUUCGUACCUUGUCAGCUCUUGCAACCUUUCAGUUACCAACACUCUAAACACUAGGCUACACUGCCGCCCCAUAUUAUUUGUCAAACGGCAGCCAAGCAUCGAUGAUCAUGUCACCAGAAUAAGACCCUUGAUAUUUAUUGUAACUAAGCAUCAAGCUCAUCACCGUGCACUUUCACCACCCUGUGAAGUUCAUCAUAACUGAUUUCAUCUGUAAUAAACUGCAUGCUUUCCCGAUGAGUCAUAGUGGGAGGACCACACAACAUGUCAUAGUGUGACUUUGAUAUGAUGGUUAUUAUUUCAGUAUUUGCGAAUAAAGGCGUUUCCACCUCACAGUUAAUUUUACAGACCCAAAAAGAACCCACCAUAUCGAAUGAACAAAUUGUGGUAAUUUAUACAUUUUUUAUGACAUUUCAUGUUUCCAUCAGCACGAUUGUAACUUUUUUUUAAUGCGUCAGGUAAUUCAUCCGCAUGAAAUAGUUGGGUGGAAAUGUGGUUAGUGGCAAUUUGGGGGUUUUGGCUCUGUACUUCAGCACUUUGAAAUGAUACAAUGACUGGGGUUAAAGUGCAGCUUUAAUUUGAGGGUAUUGUCAUCCAUAUCGGGUGAACUGUUGAACUGUUUAGAAAUUACAGCACUUUUUGUGCAUAGUCUUCCCAUUUCAGGGGACCAAAAGUAUUGGGACAAAUUCACUAAUGUGUAAUAAAGUGGUCACAAGUUUAGUAUUUGGUCCCAUAUUCCUAGCUUGUGACUUGUUUUGGUUGUGUUUCAGAUUAUUUUGUGCCCAAUAGAAAUGAAUGGUAAAUAAUGUAUUGUGUCAUCUUGGAGUCACUUUUAUUGUAAAUAAGAAUAGAAUAGGUUUCUAAACACUUCUAGAUUCAUAUGGAUGCUACCAUGAUGACAGAUAAUCCUGAAUGAAUAAUGAUGAGUGAGAAAGUUAGACGCACAAAUAUCAUAUCCCCCCCAAAAAUGCUAACCUCCCCUGUUUAUUGUAUUAUAUUCUUAUUUACAAUAAAAGUGACACCAAAAUGACACAUUAUUUAACAUUCAUUUCUUUUGGGCACAAAUAUAUCUGUAACACAACCAAAACAAACUUAAAUGGGGGGACUAUGUACAAAAAGUGCGGUUCACCUGAUAUGGAUAAAAAAAUACCCUCAAAUUAAAGCUGACAUUCUGCGCUAACAUCAUAGUUAUUGUAUCAUUUCAAAUCCAAAGUGCUGGAGUACAGAGCCAGAACAACUUAAAUGGUGUCACUAUCCGAAUACUUUUGGAGCUUACUGUAUUUGUCUAUGAACUUUUGCAGUGAUUGAAUUUGUGCAUGUUGUAAAAUGAAUGUUAGGAUUUGAAUGUAGUGUCAUUUUGAGUUGGGACUAGCAAGAGCUUCUGUGUGUCUGU